UACGUCAUCACGUUACAACACUUCCGGUUCACGCAGAGUCCGAGCCGCUGUUCUGGUUAAGGAGGCCAAAUAGCGACUUUUCGGUGCGUCAUGGCUGCAGCGCUGCGUCUGCUGUACUCCGCCUCCAGGCCAGGCACAUCGGUGGCCAGCCCCAGCCUGGUGAGGUCCCUCAGUGUGUCUGCACAGAGACCAGGAUUCAAGUAUGUGAACGCCCAGGAGAUCCCCACAGACAUGAAGUCCAUCACGGACCGGGCCGCACAGACCCUGCUGUGGACGGAGCUCUUCAGAGGUCUGGGGAUGACGAUGAGCUACCUGUUCCGAGAGCCGGCCACCAUCAACUACCCGUUCGAGAAGGGCCCGCUGUCGCCCCGCUUCCGGGGGGAGCACGCGCUGCGCAGGUACCCGUCAGGAGAGGAGCGCUGCAUCGCCUGCAAGCUGUGUGAAGCCAUCUGCCCUGCCCAGGCCAUCUCCAUCGAGGCGGAGACCCGGGCGGACGGCAGCAGGAGGACGACCCGCUACGACAUCGACAUGACCAAGUGCAUCUACUGCGGCUUCUGCCAGGAGGCCUGCCCCGUGGACGCCAUCGUGGAGGGCCCCAACUUCGAGUUCUCCACGGAGACCCACGAGGAGCUGCUGUACAACAAGGAGAAGCUGCUCAACAACGGAGACAAGUGGGAGGCCGAGAUCGCCGCCAACAUCCAGGCCGACUACCUGUACCGAUAGAGACACACACACACACACACACACACACACACACACACACACACACACACACACACACACACACACACAGUGUGGGCCGUUCUGCCCACUCGUCCCUCCUGUGCUGAAUAUACUUUGAUCCGUGUGGACUUCAGUGUUUAUGUGUAUUUAUUGGGACCUGUGGGACCUGUGGGGGUCCAGCCGUCCCCCCGGCGGACCGGAGACAUGUCCGCUCCGGUCUCCCGGUCCCCGUGGCCGGUCUGUGGUCUUCAUGUUUCCACCCUGAUGCAGAGAAUAAAAACUGGGAGAAAC